UCAAGCUGGAGGAAGGAGUGCAAACUUGGGGAGGCGGGGCUCAUGCCACCGGGAAGCGGAGACGGUCCGCGGCCCCCAACAUCUACCCCGCGACAGACGAGGGACCGCGGCGCCGGCCACGGGGCUGCGCGCUCUCUCCGCGGGAUGGCGGACCCCGGCCCUGAUCCCGAGUCUGAGCCCGAAUCGGUGUUUCCGCGGGAGGUCGGGCUCUUCGCGGACUCUUACUCCGAGAAGAUCCAGUUCUGUUUCUGUGGGCACAUGCUGAGCAUCACGCAGAACUUUGGGUCUCACCUCGGGGUGGCGGCAGGCGUAUGGGAUGCGGCUCUGAGCCUGUGCAAUUAUUUCGAGAGUCAAAAUGUGGAUUUCCGUGGCAGGAAGGUGAUCGAACUGGGCGCCGGGACGGGCAUCGUGGGCAUCUUGGCAGCGCUGCAGGGGGGGGAUGUUACCAUCACUGACCUGCCUCUGGCCCUAGAACAGAUCCAGGGCAACGUCCAGUCCAAUGUGCCAGCUGGAGGCCAGGCCCAGGUCCGUGCCUUGUCCUGGGGAAUUGACCAGCAUGUCUUCCCUGGAGACUAUGACCUGGUACUGGGGGCUGAUAUCGUGUACCUGGAACCCACCUUCCCACUGCUGCUGGGAACCCUCCAACAUCUGUGCGGGCCCCAUGGCACCAUCUAUCUGGCCUCCAAGAUGAGAGAGGAGCAUGGGACAGAGAGCUUCUUUCAGCAUUUCCUGCCCCAGCAUUUCCAACUGGAGUUGGUCCAGCGGGAUGAGGAUGAGAAUGUCAACAUUUAUAGGGCCAGGCACAGGGAACCAAGACCUGCUUGACAUUACCCCCCUGUUCUUCUCAACCCUUUGUCCUAAAGAAGGAACUGCCUAACUCCAAAACUGUAUCUCCACAGCCACAAACACAAGGACCAAAAAGGACAGAUCUCCCUGGCCUCUGUUUUCCUCCUUUCCUCUUUGUUCUUCUAGAUACUCUUGGGCUGGUACAAGGAGAUGCCUACUUAGUAGGAAUCCUAGAUCACUGGCAGCCCUGGAGUUAGAACACCAAGGAAUUUCCCAGCUCCUCUUCUUAGAGGAGGAUAGGAGAGUAUUCAAGAUUUUUAGAGGUAAGGGAGGUAAAUGGGUUGUGAGAGCAGUGGCAGCAGAGAGGCUCUCACUGACUCCCUUGUAGUCCUAUUGCUGUCUGUUAUACAGAGCAGACUUUUUAAAAACCAAAUUCUGCAGAAUUUUUCUAAAGGGAAAGAAAUAAGCAUUAAAAUCUCUUCUGCAUCCAAAGAACUCAGUUUGAACUUGGAAAGCAAGGACCAUCUGCUUCUUGCUUUCAGAGAUAGUCUGGUGUGG